AUGGCAGACAGCAACGAGAACAAACCCCAAGAAUCCAAGUCGAGCACCUUCAUCCGGGGAGCCGGCAACGUACGCGACCCAGACAACCAGCUCUGGUGGCCGGCGCGAUGGGUUGUGCAGAUGAUUCAGUACCUUGUUGCGAUUAUGGUCGUCACCAUGGCCGAAGGCAUCAAGUCCAUCGUGAGCGGUGAGAGACCCAAACGUCGCCACCACCGACAGGAGUAG